AUGAGCGCGCAGCCCUCGCCCGAGCCGAGCCUCCCGCCCGAUGAAGACCCGGCGCGGUACCUCUCCGUGCCCAUCGGCGACGAAGCCCCGGGCGAACCGCGCGCGCACGUCAUCGAGCGCGUGCGCGGACGAUGGUGCGAGCGCUCCGCGGGCGGUCACGUCGGCGCCGUCGGGGGAGGCGAACGGCCUUCGCCGAGAUCUGGCGCGACGUCCAGCGCGUUGAGGUCCAACCCGAUGUUCGUCGUGCAGUGCGAAUCGCCGUGCGAGACGCGCUUCUUCGUCACCCGCCAAGAUGGAGGAUCCGCCGCGGACGCGUCCCUCGAGCUCUUCGGGCUCCCGUGUGUCCGGUGGAACGCGGCGCGAAGGAUGAGGGGACGCCGGUGGAUGCUCGUCGGCGAGGAUUACUACCGACGCGUCGCCUCGUCGACCGACGGACCGAACGAUACGAGCUGGACGCGCGAACGCGCCGCGGACGCGUGCGACGCCGGAUGCACAUGCCUUCGAUGCGUCGCGAUCGAACGCGGCGGCGGCGGCGCCGAGCUCCGCGCCACCCUCGACGGCGACCCUCGGGGGUACGCGCUGAUGGUUUGUGCCGAAGAGCCGGGUGAGUUUACCGUGCGAUGCGUCUCGACCGGUCCGGUGCGGGUGACGACGACGCCCCGGCGCACGUGCGUCACGGCGUGGGGCGGGUGGCGGGAGGUGGAAGGCACCGAUCGCGGGAGCCGCGUUCACCGAAACUGGGAUAAGAACCCGCAGUUUUUGCUCGAGGUGUGCGACGACGGUGUGCGACGAGGGCGGUUCGCGAUUAGUCUCGUCUGCGGAUCCCGCUGGCUCUCGCCUUCGAGAGCCAGCGACGGGGGCAAGCGAACGAGCGGAAAGCGACGACGCGAGCUGUGUCCCAUCGAUGGCGCGAUCGGGUUCGGGAUCACGUGCUGCGGCAGCGGUGAGCUCAUCACCGAGACCGACUACGUCUACGACGACGAGAUUAUACUCGAGUACGACUUCGGCGAAACGAAAUCGACGCCGGGCACGGACGCGAACCAGUUUCGCAUCGUCCCGAGCUGCUACGCCCCGGGAGUCGAGGGCGUCUUCUCGCUCACGGUGCACAGCCUCGACGCGUGCGGUUUCAAGCUCGAGCCCAUCGCGCCGUGGUGA